AAUUUUACAUGUCAUAUCUGGGAUAUUACGGUUAUCAUAUAAACCAUAUCAUUCAACUUUGAAACAAAAAGCAAGCAAAAACAGAACACAUUAUAGAGUAAAAUCCAUUCGAUUUCUGCAUUUUAAAUUGUAUGCCUCAUUCACAGUUCAAAAGUCAUAGUUCAAAGGUUAAGUUAGCGGAAGUUCGUAUUUUCACCAUGUGGGAGAGUUUUUACGCAUACUUAAAAAGCACUACGAGUAGCUUUUAAGUAAUAUUAAAAUGUACGCUCGAUGGCAGUGAUAAAAUUGCGAUCAAUUACGCGAUCCCGGAUUAUCUAUCGAGUAGUGCUUUGAGGAAGGGAUGCAAGAUUUGAUUUGCUAGGAUUGCUAGUUAGGUGUCAAGGUUUGUGACAUCCUAAACGCGUGAGGUCCUCAUUAUUUGAUAUAAACAGCGUAAGGUACAAUUUUUUAAAAAGUUUUAAUUUUUACUAAAAUACAUUAAUAUGGAUAAAAAUAACCGCAAAUGUGAAGCGUCACAACGGAAAAGUAGAAAAAGAGCUGCAGUCUCGGACGGUCAGCUCGAAGCAGAAGAGAUUAAGAGGCAGAUCCACCUCAGCAAGGUGACGGCGCUGGGCGAGAAAGAGGAGUCGGAGAGGCUGCUGGAGGACCUGGUGUUUGGGGCCGAAGACGAGCUGGUGGAGAGGCUCAUAGGAGCGCCAGAGGAUGAGGGUGCGCCAAGUGGCAACCUGCUGGAUGAGUCCUCCAGUGAUUCAGAAGUUGAGAACGAAUCUCGGCUGCAAGUGGAGCGUACCAAAAAGGCCGCCUGGUUGGAUGAGGAUGACAACCUUGAGGAAGACGUGGACAUGACUCACAGGUUCCGGAAGGAUUUUCUGAAGAGCGACAUAGAGAAGAAACUCCCGAAGCAGAUGGUGCAGCAGAGACUGCGUGAGCAGUUCCAGAGAGCAAUGGGUGGAACGCCAUCAUGGGCAGAAAAGGGUGUGAAGAAGAAGAACAGGAGGAAAGGACAGAAGGGUGACAGUGAUGAUGAUGAUGAUGAUGAGGAGGACAGCCUGUUAAAAAAGACAGGCAACUUUGUUGCUGCUUCCGAAUCUCUUCCCAAAGGAAUCAUACAGAUGAAGAACUGUUUGAAUGCCAACAAUGACCGUCCAUCAGACACGAAACUAACUACAGUCCAGUUCCACCCUUCAGCCCAGGUGGUGAUGACAGCAGGGAUGGAUCAGUCUGUAUCUCUAUUCCAGGUCGAUGGUAAGACCAACCCCAAGAUCCAGAGUAUCUUCCUGGAGCGCUUUCCUGUGCACAAGGCCCGAUUUAGUGCAGAUGGCGAGCAGGUCAUCGCCACGGGCACUCGCAACCGGCUCUUUUACGUGUAUGACAUGAUAGAAGGAAAAAUAAUCCCUGUGCAUGGUGUCAGAGCAUUAAAUGAGAGCCAGGUGAAAGAGUUUGAGGUGUCUCCCGAUGGUUCAUUUCUUCUCCUCUCUGGGACCUCAGGAUAUCUCCAUCUGCUCACCUUGAAGACCAAGGAGCUGGUGCGGAGCAUGAAGAUCAAUGGUAAGGUGACAGGAGCCACAUUCUCCUCUGAUGGCAGCAAAAUCUACGCCUGCUCUGAUGAGGGAGAAGUAUACAUCUGGGAUGUUAAAAGCAGUAAAUGGAUGAACCGGUUCACAGAUGAAGGCUGUUUAAAAGGAACAAGUAUUGCUGUGUCCAGAAAUGGGCAGUAUCUGGCUUGUGGGUCUAAUUCUGGAGUGGUAAAUAUCUAUUCGCAUGAUGCUUGUCUUCAAGAGUCUACACCAAAGCCAUUAAAGGCCAUCAUGAAUCUGGUGACAUCAGCUUCUUCACUGCUGUUCAAUCCCACCACAGAAAUACUAGCGAUGGCUUCCAACGUAGUAGACGAAGCCGUCAAACUGGUGCACAUCCCUAGUUUCAGCGUUUUUUCCAACUUUCCCGUAUUCCGACGGAAAACCAUUUUCCUCCCUCAGUGUAUGGACUUCUCUCCUCGCAGCGGCUUCUUCUCUGUGGCUAAUAACAAGGGCAAAGCUCUGCUGUACAGGUUGAAACAUUACACAGACUUCUAAUGAGCUUUUUCUUCUAAUCCUUAGGAAUGGAGCAGCGUGGAAACAUGGAACAGCCUCAGGGUGGAUUCGUUCUGAUGCCUGUGUGGGUCUGCUCUACGACAUGGGACAUCUUAGCUUACCACACUGGAUGGUUUACUCUGUAUGAUUCCUCAAACUCAUUGUGUCAAUUUAUAUUUCUAAUAAAAAACAAAUGUGACAUUUUCUUUAA